GGGCACACGAGUUUCAGAGGAAGUGAACAGCUCAUCUCUCAGGACGGCUACACCGCGUCUUCAUUCUCGGAAUUCACGUCAGAGAAAAUGAAACGAACUAGCAGACUAGAAGUACUAGAGGAGAACCACGCCGUGCCCCCCCACCCCGGAAGCUUCUAGCGGAUGAGUGGAGUCCCCCCCCCCCGCCCCCAAACACUGAGGCGAUGGAGGAGAGAGGCGCUGCCCGGAAGCUUCUAGAAUGCAGCUUCAGCGACAAGCUGUGUGUGGUCCGGGAGGGGCAGUAUGAGGUCAUUGUGGUCCCCACGCUCCUGGUGGGCCUCUUCCUCCUCCUCCUGGCCGUCAUCCUGUGGCUUUUCAUCCGAGGACAGAGAUUCCAGCCGCAGCGCCCCCGACGUGGAGGCGAUGCUCAGGUCGCCUCCUCCAGGGGUCUGGAAGCGGCAGGGCAGCGAGGAGACAUAUCGGUGGCGCUGGAGGAGAGGACGGUGGAGGGUUUCCUGGCGGCCGUGGCGCCCUCCCUGGCCGAGCUGCAGCUGCCCCGGGCCCAGCUGUCCCAGGCCCUGGAGCAGAUCUACAGGGGCACCUGGGGCUCCAUCUUUCGAACCCAGAUGAACCCCGGGGAUCCCGCGAAAUCCAAGAGUGUGGUCCUCAAGACAUUAAGAGCAGCAGCAGGGCUGCAGGACGUGCAGGAUUUCAUAGGGCAGAUCCGCUUCUAUCAGCACCUGGGGAGACACAGGAACCUGGUGUGGCUGGAGGGGUGCUGUGCCGAGCGCCUGCCGCUGUACAUGGUGCUGGAGGACGUGGCCCCGGGGGACCUGCUCUCCCUUCUCUGGACCUGUCGCCGGGAUGUGAUGAGCGUGGACGGGUUCCUGUAUGAUCUCACCGAGAAGCAAAUAUAUCACAUCGGAAAACAGGUCCUUUUGGCUUUGGAAUUCCUCCAGGAGAAACACAUCUUCCACGGUGAUGUGGCGGCCAGAAACGUCCUGAUCCAAAGCGAUCUGACCGCCAAGCUGUGUGGCCUGGGCCUGGCGUACGAAAUCCACACACGGAGGGCCGUCUCUCCCGCCCGACACAUCCCCUCCAAGUGGCUGGCCCCCGAGCGGCUGCUCCUGAAGCCUGCCGACAUCAGAGGAGACAUCUGGUCCUUCGGGAUUCUGCUCUAUGAGAUGGUCACACUGGGGGCCCCACCGUACCCGGAAGUCCCUCCCACCAGCAUCCUGCAGCAUCUUCAGCGGAGGAGGAUCAUGAAGAAGCCCAGCAGCUGCUCGCAUACCAUGUACAACAUCAUGAAGCGGUGCUGGCGCUGGAGCCCGGCCGGCCGGCCGCUGCCCGGGGAGCUGUGCGUGCAGCUGGAGGCGGCCGCCGGGACGGCCGAUGACCAGCGCGUCCUGCAGGUGCCGGAGCUGGUGGUGCCCGAGCUGUACGCGGCCGUGGCCGGCGUCCGCCUGGACAGCCUGGCCUGCACCUACAGCAUCCUCUGAGCCUCGUGUCCAGGGGUCCCAGCGCGCCUCCUACACACCUCAAAGCAGCACCCGCCGCCGGCCCGGGCUCCCCCGCUGCCCGGGCCUGGAGGGCCAGCGCAGUGGACGUUGAGAAGAACCCACGGCAGCACCGGCACCACGGGCCUGCCACCCCGGCGACUCAGCGGGCCGAGCUCUGACCAUGCGGCUCACAGCCGGCCGGGCGGGACACCGCCGGGAGACUCCGCUCGGCAGUGCAGCACCCACAACGCCAGAGGCCGCUCGAGUGGCGGGGCGCUAGCCUUGACAGAAAAGGCUCAGGGACAGUUCUCCAGGCCCUGAGUUCAAACCCCAGGGUUGGCA